CUUCAGCCAGAAUGCGGGCUUGGCUUACAUCUGCAGCUGAGUGUGCCUUUCAUUAGGGAACUCCCUUCUGUGGGAAGGUUAGCCCUGGGUCUCCAGCAACAUUGUCUCCCUUGGUAUUACGAUGGAGAAAAUAGCGCUGUGUAAAUAUUUAUAAAUUCUGUGCACAGGAGAGAGUUGCUUUACCUUCUGUUUACAACAGCAACAGGACUGGAAUGAGGAUACCGAAGGCCAAUGAGUGGAACAAGAAUGACGACCGCCUGCUGCAAGCUGUGGAGAACGGGGAUGUGGAGAAAGUCACAUCGCUGUUGGGGAAAAAGGGAGCCAGCGCCACCAAGCAUGACAGCGAAGGCAAGACUGCUUUCCACCUGGCCGCAGCCAAAGGACAAGGAGAAUGCCUCAGGAUCAUGUUGACACAUGGUGCAGAUGUAACAUCACAGGACGGAACAGGGCACAGUGCUUUGCUUCUUGCUGCCAAGAACAGCCAUCCAGAUUGCGUCAAGAGGCUCCUUCAGGCUAAAUGUCCACUGGAGAGCACAGACAACUCUGGGAAAACAGCUUUACACUAUGCAGCUGCAUGCGGUUGCCUUCAAGUAGCUCAGCUUCUCUGUGAACACAAGUGUCCGGUUAAUGUUAAAGAUGCGGAUGGGAAUAUACCUUUAUUACAUGCCAUACAAAAUGGACACACUGAUGUUUGCAAAUAUCUUUUGGAGCAUGGAGCAGAUGUCAAUUCUAGAGAUAAAAAUGGAAGAACCUCUCUCAUGCUAGCAUGUGAAGCUGGAAAUCUCGCCAUUGUAGAAGCCCUUGUCCGAAAAGGCGCAGACAUAAAUUUGGCAGAUACUCUUGGACAUAAUGCUCUACAUUACUCCAAGCUGUCUGAAAAUACAGGAAUUCAGAGCCUCCUCCAAUCAAAAAUUGUUCAAGAUGCUGAUGCCAAGUCACCAACCAAGCCAAAGCAGCAUGAUCAAGUCUCUAGGUUAAGUUCAGAAAGAAGUGGAACUCCAAAAAAACGCAAAGCCCCGCCACCACCUCCAGUCAGUCCUAUCCAGCUUAGCGACCUGUCCUCUCCACAUUCAGCAACUUCCACCCCAUUAUCCGGGAAGGGCCAGCCUUUCUUUGCCGAACAGGGAUCCAAGGUACAUUGUUCAAAGUGACUGGUCUCUUUCUUUUCUUUCUCUUCUGUUGCUAAAGGUGCUGAUAGUUUAUUGGAUAUAAGUUCAGAGACAGACCAGCAAGAUCUCCUUGGAUUGUUGCAAGCAAGAAUUGCUUCUUUGACCUUGCAUAACAAGAAACUUCAAGAAAAAUUACAGGCAAGAGCACUCAAAACAGAAGACGUGGAUCCUCCACUGGAUUCCUUUCAUUCCACUCAGAGGGAGUUUGACCGUUCCACGGACAGGUUAAGUGAAAGCUCCACUGCAACAGCUCAGGAUAUAAGUUUGUCUUCCUUGAGCUUGGCGCAAGCUCAAGAAGAGGCACUCCAUAAUGAGCUGAAAAUUAAACAGCUGCAAGACAGCUUAAAGGAAGUGCAAAAGAGACUUGAUAGUUCAGAAGCAAAGAGGCGGCAGUUAGAAACCCAGCUUCAGUCUGGAGCGGUCGAAACAGUUCACUUGUUAAACAGCUCCGAGAUUUCAGAGAACGGUUCUGACCUCAAUCAGAAAUUGAAAGAAACCCAAAGCAAGUAUGAAGAAGCCAUGAUGGAAGUCCUGCAGGUCCAGAAGCAAAUGAAGCUGGGCCUGGUGGCUUCAGAAAGCAAAGAGGCAGACCUGCAGGAGCUUAGGGCGACUUGUGAGGAAGUAGAACUAUUGAAGGAGGAGCUGAGGAAAGCGCAGGAAGAGAGCAGGAAGCUUAGAGUGAGAGUGGAGGAGCUAGAGGAAAAACUGGAAGAGAAAGAGAGGAAUGCAGCUGGCACCAUGUCAGCAGAAGAAUGUGAGGAGAUGAAAAACUCCUAUCGCGUGGUGAUUGAAAAUAUCAAUCAAGAGAAGGCUUUGCUAAUUGAGAAGUACAAAGAGGGACAGGAGGAGAUCAGAAAGCUGCAAGAUAAGCUGAAGGGUCAGAUGGAGUCAAAGCAGGGUGGUGAGGAAAGUGAUGAAAUGAGGGAUGUGAAGAACAAGAUGAUAAGUGAACUGAACAAGCAGGUCAGUGAGCUGUCUCGGUUGUAUAAAGAAGCUCAGGCAGAACUUGAAGACUUCAGGAAGAGAAGUGUUCCAGAGAAGGCAAAUUCAGGACUGAUAUCUCUGGAGGAACAUGAGAAACUGAUGGAGGCCACUGUCUUGCAGAGAGAACAAGCUGAGGGUGUGUUGUUAGAAAUGAAGGCUCAGUAUGCAAAAGUGUUAAGUGAAGCAACACAGCUCCAAAAUUUGGUUGACUCUCAGAAGAAGAAUUCUGUCUCCAUCACUGAGCAUCUCCAAGUGGUCACUGCUCUCAGGACCUCAGUAAAGGAAAUGGAAGAAGAAAUAAACGAGCUCAAAGAGCAGCUUCUUUACAAGGAUAGCGAGGUAGAGCGUUUGCAGAAGGAGUUACUGGAGGAAGAAGCGGCUGUGUGUGAAGCUAUGGUGCCCAGGACGUUGUAUGAAGAGCUUCGGUCUACCUCAGAAGGCGAGGUCAACUCUUUAUCAUCCAAACUGAGGGAUUUAAUGAAACAGAGGGAGAACUUGUCCACGGAUCUUGCACAGUUGAGGAAGGAAAUCUCACAAGUGAAAGCAGAAAAAGAGAGCCUCCGGGCUACCUUGGAAGCCAAGGAACAGGAAAUCAAAGGACUAAUUCAGCAGUACCAUCAAGCUCAAGAAGAACUACUUGAAUUGAAAAAAGCUUCACAGAAUGCUUCGAAAAUUGAGGAGGACAAAGAUAAAAAGAUAGCAGACAUGUCCAAGGAGGUAAUGAAAUUAAAGGAAGCCCUGAACAGCCUCUCCCAGCUCUCUUACACCACUGGUACACCUAAAAGGCAAAGCCAGCAGCUGGAGUUGUUACAACAACAAGUGAAGCAGCUGCAGAACCAGCUAUCGGAAACAAAGAAACAACACCAGGAUAUUGUAUCUGUUUAUAGAACUCAUCUGCUCUAUGCUGUGCAGGGCCAGAUGGAUGAAGAUGUUCAGAAAGUGCUGAAGCAGAUUUUAACCAUGUGCAAAAGUCAGUCACAAAAAAAGGGUGAAACCGUUUUCGUUGAUCCCUGAUGGUGCUACUUGGGAGAGUUCGAGAUGCGCCUUAAAAUGAAAUUUGAUGAGCACCUCCCCACAGGGAAUGGUCAUGGACCGUUGCCACACUUCCAGUUUCAUUUCUUAUGUCUAAUGAGCUAAUGCAUUGCCAUGUCUUCCCUUACUCCAGUAUUUCCCAGAGUGCUUUUUAGAUACAAAUGCACAAUUUUGCCAGAAACUGCUAUUACUUCAAAUCAGGGGUGGUCGGGGUAUGACCAACAGUAUUAGAAUAUAUCUCAAUGCUUCUUUUUGUUACAAUGAGUCAGUGUGCAAACCAUGGAAGUUCUAGUUUGUAGUGCUGCAUUUUGCAAAUUAAUAGCUACACAACUGAGAGUUAAGAAUGUUUCUGUGUGCAGUUGUCAAAGAGAAAGAAGCAAACUUUGUAUGUUUUAAGACACCCUGGCAUCUGUUAUCAAGGUAGGCACAUCUGUUGACUCUAAAACCUUUAGGCCUUGUUGACUGAAAGAAGAUUUAAAAAUCAACUUUGUUAAACCAGCCUACUAGUUACCUAAAGCCAGCUCUUGCUCUCUCCUGGGCUCAAUGUCCCUUUUUAUUCUGGAAUUUACCAUUCUCUCAUUUGGACUACACUACGAGAAGACCAGAUCAGUGACAUAUAUGAACUGAGUCCCAGAAAGCAGAGCCAUAGUACUGAAGCAGGUGAAUGGAUUUUUGCUACAACCUCAGUCUCUUUACCAAGCAGUAGGUCAAGUUAUCUAUGCAAAUCCUUGCAGGGCUGUGGGGGGUGGAGCUCAGGAGGGGUGGGGGUGGGGUGACCUAGUGUUCUGAGGGAAUAAGGGAUCCGAACAAACUCAUGAUGUUUACAGUGAGCGCUGUUUGUCUCACAGUUCUGAACCUCACUUUUUAAAAAGAUCUUCUCUACAAUAUAUUUUUACUGGCCCUCAAAUUUAGAAACGUUUUUUGUAACUAAAGCCAUUUGCUGCGUAUCACUCUUUCUUUGGUUGUGUUGAUUUGCGUUUGGCCUCGGUGACAAACUUUUUAGGCAGUUGCCUUUUUUUCUUUCCGCUGAGCUCUCUUGUGAAAUGUAGUGGCGGUCUCCCUAGACAAGGCUAUCCUCAAAAUGAAUUGUCAUGCAUCCUAGUAGAAAAGAAGAUGGUCAAGUAUUUCCCCCUUAAAAAAAAAAGAAGUAAUCUUUUUUUGCCAAACGUUAUAAUACCUGAACCACAGAUAAGCCUUGUGUUAUGUUCUAAGGGCUGUUUCCUACGUUAAAUUUAUGUGAUAUAGAGGAAUGAUCCUACGAAUUGUUUUUGUGCCUAAAAGUCCUUUUAGCAGUUAUUGUAAUUGCAUUUUUGUUAUCUAUGGAGAUACAGACAAAGAGCCUGGAGAGUACUCAACCAAUACUAGAGUGUCUUUUCCUCAGAUGGGGAAAACAGGAGUAAGUGAUACCCUACUUUACCACUUGUUUUUAAAUAGCAAAUUAACACCCUGCAG